GCUGUCGUGGCGUUUCGGGGGUUACAGUGGGAAUGCCUGAAAGUGUGCCCAAUUUUCUCCUUGCCGCUGAGUGUGUGAACGGCGGUCUUCAGUGGUGCCCGUGAGUCUCAGGAGAAGGACUUAUCUCAUCUCUCCUGUGGCGAAUAAGGAUGAGGAGGGCUGGGCUGGGUGAAGGAGCUGCUGGCAGCAAUUAUGGUUAUACCAAUAGUGGCUAUAGUGUAUAUGAGGAAGAAAAUGAAAAGCUAACAGAAAGUUUGCGUUCAAAAGUCACUGCCAUAAAAUCUCUUUCCAUUGAAAUUGGAACAGAAGUUAAACAACAUAAUAAAUUAUUAACUGAAAUGGACAAUGAUUUUGAUUCAACAAGUGGAUUCCUUGGUGCAACAAUGGGCAGAUUGAAAAUCCUCUCCAGAGGAAGCCAGACAAAACUUUUAUGCUACAUGAUGCUGUUCUCAUUGUUUGUGUUUUUUGUGAUUUAUUGGAUUAUUAAACUAAGGUAAUGCAGAUCUCCAUUAUGAGAUUAUUUACAACAUGAUAGACUCUUGAAAGAUUUUUUUGAGAAAAUUGGUAAAUAAUUUUUGUAACUGGAUUUAGGAUUAAUGCAUUUGGAUCUCUGCUGUAUACUCUUAAAUGCUUAUCAAGCUAGAAGCGUUUUUGUUUUUUGUUUUAAAAAGCCCUUAUUUUGUAGAGUUUUCUAAACUGAAUUUGUUCAAAUCUGAACUCUUUGCAGACAAAACACAAGUUUACUAAGGAUGAAAUCUAUUAUUGAAACAGGCAUUUUCCUGUUCAGAAAUUACACUGUAUAAAAAUGGUUGCUUUUUUUCCUAAUAAUAAAAAUAAUCUUGGUGAUUUUAUAUAAAUUUAUCAAAUAUUUUAAAAAUUGAAAUGACUUUAAAGCUAAAUUAAUUGAAGGGCUAUUGUUUUAGUAAAAUAUUUAAUAGUGUUCUGAA